AAUAAAACAACAAAUACACACGCUGUUGCCUUAUAUACAUUUUUUUUUGCAUGGUUAACCCCUUUUACGCUAAAUUGCGUAUACACAUUUUUGUGCAACCACAAAUAAAUGUAUAAUUGUUAAAAUACUUUGUAUUUGUGCCACGCAACGACACAUUCUCGUGACUAGCCGCUGAAUGAAGGCUAACCAUUCAGGCGGAGCAGCGGACACCCCGCCGAAUCGCCCACACCGACACCGGACUGGCGGUCCAUCACGUGACCGGCUGCGCGCGAGCGGGACGGUCUGAGUGACUUUGGGUCGUGGGGACUAUGGCUAUACCUUGACGUGUUGGCAACGACGUGUUUUAUCCUUUUCGCGGCCGCUGCCGAACGGACGAAGCGAAAGCGGCCAGGAGCGUCGCGAUAAGAAGGCGAGAAUAUGGCCGGCGACAUGUUAAGCGCGCUGCGUCUGUGCCGCCAUCACCAGACCCUGUUGCGCGGAGCCACACUGUCUGGGUCCCACGUGGUCCUGCGCAGGCCCUUCAGUUCACACAGACGGGGAAAAGACCGAGGGCUGUUGAAGAAGAUGCUGCUCGGCCUGUUGUUUGGCACCCCCAUUGUGGCUGGAGUCCAGUACGGCAUGUCGGAUCCUCGGGAACGGCGGAAGUUGAGGAUCUUGGUAGAGGGGAUUGGCCGAUUCUGUAGGUCCCUAUUUGUCGGAAUCCAGAUUUCAGUUGAUUAUUGGUGGACGGCCAAUGUAAUGCUCCACAGCUUGGAUGAGAGCAGCCCAGCUUUUAAGGAUGGCAUGUCGGCCUGCCACCAGAGGGCAGCAGAGAGCAUGGUCAGUGGUGCCGUGCAGAAUGGGGGCUUGUACAUUAAGUUGGGCCAGGGCCUCUGCUCCUUCAAUCAUCUGCUACCCCCAGAGUACAUUCGCACCCUGCAAGUGCUGGAGGACAAGGCGCUCAGCCGGAAGUACAAGGAGGUAGAUGCACUCUUUCUGGAAGAUUUCAGUACUACGCCAGAUAAGAUGUUCAAAACAUUUGAUUAUGAACCAGUAGCAGCUGCAAGCUUAGCUCAGGUGCACAAGGCAGAGUUGCAUGAUGGGACUCCUGUGGCCGUUAAGGUGCAGUAUAUAGACCUGAGAGAUCGAUUUGAUGGGGAUAUUCGGACUUUGGAGAUUCUUCUGGAUGUCAUAAAAUUAAUGCAUCCCAGCUUUGGAUUCCGAUGGGUCCUACAGGUUGCUUUGGACUUACUUGCUCUUCUGGACCUGAAGGGGACACUGGCGCAGGAGCUGGACUUUGAGAAUGAGGCUCGGAACUCUGAACGCUGUGCAGAAGAUCUCAAGCAAUUCAGAUUUGUCGUAGUUCCCAAGGUUUUCUGGAAUCAGUCCAGCAAGAGGGUGCUCACAGCAGAAUAUUGUGAGGGCUGCAAGAUAAACAACAUAGAAGGAAUCCGACAGCAAGGGCUUGACUUACGAGAUGUUGCCGACAAGCUGAUCCGGACGUUCGCAGAGCAGAUCUUUUACACUGGGUUCAUCCACGCCGACCCUCAUCCUGGCAACGUGCUGGUGAGAAAAGGACCAGAUAAUAAAGCAGAUCUGGUUCUUUUGGAUCAUGGGCUUUAUCAGCUACUCAGCAAAAGCGACAGAGUGGCCUUGUGUAAGCUGUGGCGUGCCAUCAUCCUGCGGGACGAGGAUGCCAUGAGGAAACACUCCAAUGACCUUGGGGUCAAAGACUACCUCCUGUUCUCCGAGAUGCUGCUGCAGCGGCCCAUCAACAUGCGUGAGCUGGGUUUGGGCAACAUCCUGACCCGCGAGGAGACGUCCUACAUGCGAGACAUGGCCACGCACCACUUCGAGAACAUCAUGAGGGUGCUGAAGUCGCUGCCGCGGCCCAUGCUCCUGGUGUUCCGCAACGUCAACACCGUGCGCAGCAUUAACAUCACGCUGGGGGCGCCCGUCGAUCGCUACUCUGUCAUGGCCAAGAGUGCUGUGAGAGGCUGGGGCCGCAUCCAGGCAGAGGAGGCCGGGCGACUACCCAGGAUCAGGGUGCUUCACUGGCUGUGGGCGGCCUGGGAGGGCCUCAAGUUUGAGUGCGCUCUCAGGUCAGAGAUGGCAAAGAUGAGUCUGACCCGCUCAUUACUGCGACUUCUCUCCUACUUCGGCCUGGUGACGCUGGAUGACAAAAUCCAUCAGUACCUCCAGUAAUUAGUUUUUUUUUUUUUACCUUGACACACAACACAGUGUAUGUACCCACUGAACUGAAGCUUAGAGCUGAUUGGAUGGCUGUCUUUAUGGACCAAUGAAGUACAGUUUUGAAGAAACAAAGUUAAAUUGUUCAAAGUACGGUGGCUCUGUUGGGUGAUGCCCUUUCAGGUGGGAUACUCUGAUCAACAUAGGUUAUAGAUAAAGUAGGAGAUAGGUAAUGUAAGGGUUAUGUGUGGGGUGCCCCCUGCCCCCGAUCGAACAGCUGGACGGAACUGGGCAUGACAAAUCACAGACCUUAGGACAUAGGACCUUCUGUAUAGAGCACAGAUGGUUUCAGGAAACUUUAAAAGACUGAUUACUUAAAAUAUUCAAAGCCAAACUUUUUUAUAAAAAAAAAAAAAAACCUGACGGUGCAACACAGCUUGCUGGACUAAAACAGAAAUCAUGAAAAUGUCCAUAUCUAAGAACUGAAUUAUGUAUCCCAGCCAAAUCAGACUUUUUACUUUGUCCUUCAGCAUUUUUAUGGCUUUUAUUGUUUAUCUUAACUGAAUAAAUCAGUCUCAGAAUCAUAGAUUAAUGCAGUUUUACUAUUCCUGAAACAAGCUGUCUUAAGUUAUAUUACACCAGUAUUAAACGUAUAUCAUUUCUGUUAAUGUGAAUGUGGCAAUGAGCCAACAUUUAGGUAGGUAAUGCACAGAAACCACACAAAUAGACAACUGAAUAUGCAAGAAAAGGGUUAAUUUUCCCCAUGACCCCUCUGACCCCUCUUUUCCACACCUCACACCUGAUUUUUCUGUGAAUUUACAGACACCCAGAUUUGUGCAUUACAGUGACACUUUCUCAGUACACUGUACAUUGUGUAUACAAAUGUGAUAUGAUGUGCAGCUGCAAUAAACUUGGUGAUUUUUACUAAUA